ACACAAACGAUGUGUUGUAAUACACAUCAGUAACAUUCUAACUCAUUUAAAAGUAAUCACGUACUAAGAGAUUUUUACCUUUUUUUAAAAACAGUUUUGAAGGUCCCUUCAAAAUAAAAAAAAAUACAAGCUUCUACGGUAAGCUUUUUCUUUACGUGAUAAACGAUGGGUAGUUGCUUUUCUACCUCACAGAAAACUAAAAGUGUACCAAGCAAGCAUAUCACUAUAGGCCAAAAGGAUCCAUUUAGCAAAAAGAUGACAGCAAACCAAGAUAACGCGUCUAUGGUUAUUGACAACACUACAGCUAUCAAUACAAAGCGAGAGUUUCAUAACGACGAAUCAUCCACUUAUUGGCUGCCAAAGGACGAUGACGAGCAAAUGAGGCUUACAGAGCAACACUAUGCUUUCAAGAGUCUAUAUGGAGGCAAUGUACUGCCCAGAUGUGGUUCUGGUGUAUGGAUCAUGGAUAUGGUACAAGAUUAUCCUAGCUGCACCUAUCAUGGAUGUGACAUUGUCGACGCAAUACACAAGAACGUGAAUGUGAAUCAGUUUACGUUCAUUUUGGGAAACGUGGUGAAGGGGCUUCCAUAUGAAGACGAUACUUUUGACUUUGUUCAUAUGAGAUUCUUUAUUCUUGCACUUCGUGAAGAAGAAGAAUGGCCAGCCGCCAUUAGCGAAAUAAUACGAGUGACUAAACCAGGAGGAAUGAUACAAAUGUCAGAAAUUGGAUUCGAACUGCCGAAAGACUCUUCUAACUUGUUUUACAAGGUUGGUGUGACCAUUAGAGAUACAUGUGCAGCAAGAGGACAGAAUGCGUAUAUAGGAGCUGAGCUGAAUAACAUGCUCGCCAAACAUAACAAUAUAGAGAUUGUCCAAUCUGCGGACAGAAUUUGUGACAUGAGUUCAGGCACAUCUGCAGCAAAGACACUUACUUGGGAUGCUUUAGAAUCAGUAAAGAGCAUGAAGCCUGUUAUGGGUCCAUUGAUGAGGAUAAAUACCACUGAAGAAUUGGAUCAGUUCUUGAAAGAAUUAAAACAUUGCAUAGAAACAAAAGAGAGUUUGUUUAGGUUUAACUCGGUUGCUGCCCAAAAGCUUUAA